AUGAGCAUCCAAUGGUCCACAACCUCUUCUGGGUCGUGGGACGAGAAAUACCCGCAGCUGGACCCCGCCAACCUCGGCCUGCCAUUACCUAUUCCCACUGAACCAAUUGUCUAUCCUGAGAAUCCUGGUGAUCUUUAUAUUAUGAAGCCAGUAUCUCACAGCUGGGCUGAUGUCUCUGAAAUGAUCUUACACUGUGUACAUAGCAGCUCACAAGACAUCAAAUAUCACCCUGUUUGCGACCAAUUGUACCAAUUGAUCAACUCCAUCCGAGACCCCAACACUGUCCUUGAACAUUAUGCGAAGAUCUAUAACCAUUUGUUCUUCGGAGGAAUGGUCAGAAGCUCUGUCGUGGAAGAUUCCGCUGACGACGAGAUCAAGAUUAUCUACGACCUCGAGUUGGUCUCCGAUGAUAUUCGAGCCGGGGAGGUCAGGUUGAAUUUGGAUAAUAACUUGGGUCUCACCAAGGGCAUUUUCGACGGCAGAAUCAACCGCGUAACCAUAUACAUCUUGGACGUACUCACUUUACACCUCGAACGGGACUACCACGAAGUUGUAAGUGAAAUGUUGGGGACCCUUGCCCAUGAGAUGAUACAUGCCAUGCAAUUGAUGUAUACAAAGUAUCCAGGAGACGAACUCGGAGUUAUUUACGCCACGCAUGGUACCAAUUUUCAAAAAGCUGCGCAAGCCAUUGAGCAAGCAACUCGUAAUCCUUCGGGAGGGGAAGGGUGGAUCUACCCGAAAAUCGAAGUUGGCAGAUAUUGGGGGGUAUUUUACGACAUCCGCUUUGAAAAAUACAAGGAACCGACUGAUACGGAGAUUCGGAACAUGGGGUUAGAUGUCGAGAAGCUUAGGGGAAUCCUCCGGAUGCGCUUAAAUGCCUAA